AUGCCAUGCGAAUGGAGUGCGAGACGGACGACAAAGUUCUCCAUCGAGGCCCGGUCUCUUCUUGUUCGGAGGGUAGAUACCAUUUUGGAUUGCUUACGAAGGAUUCGCCAGCGGGCAGCCGAGUGCACAUCUUGGGAUACGAUCAUCGCUUCCGCCCCUCAACUACCACUGCCUGAACCUUCUCCCCCCGAGACGGAACUUAUAGACGGACAUAAGAUCGGUGAUGGAAGCGAGUCAUCAGACAACUGGGGAUUCGAGGACUCUGACGUGGAUUCUCAACCAUGCAGCGAUACAAGGACGGUGGAGGAAUCUGCCGAGGAGAAGCCAGAACAUAUCCUCGCGACGCCAAACCUUCUCUCUACCCCGUGGGAGGAAACAGUACUUUGUGAUCUUACGACGAGCAUCAUGAAGAUAGAGGCACACAGUCAGGACACCGCAUCGUUACUGCUCUAUAAGAACGGUGCGACGGAACACUGGGUUCUCAACCAGUGUGCUCAGACGGACUCACAAGCCGCAUCAACACUCCUAAGCGAUUUCCUAGAGCUGCACCCCAUCCUGACGCUUCCAACCUCAAGAUCUUCCUGUUCUUCCUCCUCUUACUCCUAUUACUCUUCGUCCGAAGAAGACUCGAGCAUCGGCCCAGGCGCGGACGGAAACAGCUGCGACUUUACGCGAAAUGGUGAUUCCGAUUCUUGCCUCCAUGGCCAGCCAGAAGUGGAGGAAAUCUCGGCCACGCAGCUCGCCAAGCUGGGCCAAUUAAUUCACAGCAUCGAAAGGUUCAGCCAGUACCUCAACUCAAGUCUCGACAAAGAACGUAAAUCGCACCGCGUCCAGGAUGAGCGGUGGAGCAUUCGGGACUCUGACGGAAACUUGGCUGCCCUCAUGAAGUCUCGCGGAUACAGUAGUCCACUCAGCCAGUGUAUCGCGGUUGACGAGGAGUGGCCUUCGCAAUGGGACCUUAACGCUCUAGAGACACGACCAUUUUAUGACAAAUAUGCCCCUACACCGAAGAUCGAGCCGAUCAAGCCCAAGAAGACAAAGCCUGCCAGGGAGCCUCGGUGGUAG